UAUUCCCUUCACAUUUAAUUAGUUAUUUCAUAACUGGUCGCUCAACCGUGAUUGCUUAUUUCUGGUCAAUUCUGCUCAACGACAAAUGCGAUUGGUCAGUCUAUUUCCAAUGGAUUAAUCAGCGGCAGAUCAGUUAACCGAAGGUUGAGGUCCUAAAAGAACGCAGUCCCAAAGUUGGAAGAUGGCGAUAUACUGUCCAAAAUAAAUAAGUGAUAACAACAAUCUGUUGGAUAUUGCAAUAUGUGAUACAAUAAGCAAAAAUAAACUAUUUGCCAUCACUGCAAAUUUUAACUUGACUGCAGUUUGUAAUUUAUUUGACAAGUGUAGUAGACAAGUUUGCGGCUAUACUGCAAUUGCUCUUCAAAAACGGCGAUGAAAAAUCAAAUAUUACUAGUUGUGAAAAGAUGCCGAUUCACCGGAGUUGGUGGUUUGCUGUCAUAUAAAGCAUAUCCAACGCUAUUAAACUGCUCAGCAUCUAAUUGUACACACGAUAGAACCUAUGUAGAUGCUUGUACUUUAUCUAUAGUACAAAAUAAAAUAGAUCUCAGUGAACACAAAACUACCAACUCUUUGUUAAAGACAAAGGGUGAUAUAUUAACACGUGUGAAGCUGACAACUUUACAACAGAGAAGAUAUUUAGGUUUGGCUUCAAAACUAGUCAAUAGUGCUUCACCCAAAGUACAACCAUAUCUGAAGCUUAUGAGGAUGGACAAACCUAUAGGAAGCUGGCUAUUAUUUUGGCCUUGUGGGUGGAGCAUUGCCAUGGCAGCACCUGCUGGUGCUUUACCGGAUCCUUAUACUCUAGCGCUUUUCGGCACAGGAGCAUUCAUAAUGCGCGGUGCAGGAUGUACUAUAAAUGACAUGUGGGAUCGGGACCUUGAUAAAAUGGUAGCCAGAACAAAGGACAGGCCUUUGGUAACCGGUCAAAUAACGUUGGAACAAUCAGUGAUAUUUUUGGCGGGACAACUGAGCUUGGGAUUACUUAUAUUAUUACAAUUCAAUUGGUAUAGCAUAUUUCUCGGUGCUAGUUCGCUAGGUUUGGUAAUAACUUAUCCUCUCAUGAAAAGAGUAACAUAUUGGCCACAACUUAUCUUGGGAAUGACAUUUAAUUGGGGUGCAUUAUUAGGAUGGUCCGCUAUACAUGGAUCAUGCAAUUGGUCCGUCUGCUUACCAAUGUACAUAGGUGGUAUUUGUUGGACUAUUCUAUAUGACACUAUAUAUGCUCAUCAAGAUAGAUCAGACGACAUUCUGCUAGGCAUUAAAUCGACAGCCAUCAAAUUCGGUGACGACACGAGAUUUUAUCUAUCGGGAUUCACAAUAGCGAUGCUCGUGAGUUUAAUUACCUCAGGCGUAUUGGCUGCUCAAACUUGGCCUUAUUACACUGCCGUUGGAGUAGUUGCAGCGCAUCUUAGUAGUCAAAUAUACACUUUAAAUAUUAAUAACUCUACGGAUUGCGCCAAGAAAUUUGUAUCCAAUCACAGGGUAGGCAUGAUACUCUUUGUCGGUAUUGUGUUGGGGAACUUGAUGAAAAAGAAGCUGGCAAAAAAAGAAGUUGACGGGAACAUCACGUACCAAAGUAUAGAUACAAUAAAUUGUCAAUAAUAAAUAUUCCAAAAAAAAAACAUGGUACUGCACUAGUCAGGGAAUCAGUAUAUAGUAUAUAUUUUUUAAAUUAUCCCAGAUGGAAAUGCUGAGAACAUAAUAUUUAGUGUACAAAGUGUUCAAUAGGGAUCUAUUUACCUUCGUGAGGAGAACAAAAAAGCCAUUUUGCGAACAAUACGCAAAAUUUCGAGUUAUUAAUUAUUGUUGAAAAUGUACAGAAAGGAUUUUUUUAACAAUUCGAUGUUCUUUUCGCAAAAUGGGCUUUUUUGUUCAGAUUUUGACCUAAUUUAUAAGUAUGACAGCUGUCGUAUCUAGCGACAAGUUCAAUGCGCCUAUACGAUGGAUUAAAUAGAGGUUGUCUGAUAAUUAUCUCGGGAUCCCGGGAUCUCGGGAUUUCGGGUGUGCGAACGGAUUGAACGGGGAAAUAAUGUACCAUUUUGCAAAAAUCAGAAACACCGGACUCUAUGUAAAUAAAAAUAGCUUACUUCUGAAGACAUCCGUGAAGUAACAAUCAACUGGUUGAGCGACAGGCGUGUUUCUUGUUCGACACACAGCCUCACAUGCCGCGUUGCUCCACCUCUAGAAAUCGGUUAAUGCUCAUCGUUGCUAGGACAUCUUCAGAGAUAAGCCAUUCGUCUUUAUACCAACCUACUGUGCGAUCGUUAGAUUCAUACAGAUUAAUUAAUUCCUCAUUAACUAUUGCGAUUACAAAGUGACACAUGAUUUUCAAUCCGUUCGCACGCCACGGAUCUCGAUAUAAUCAUCGGACAUCCCGCAUAUACAGAACGUACACGUGAUUUUGCGCGAACAAAGGAAUCUGUGAUAAAAUUUUAAAUACCUUUCAUUAUAAAGAAAAGUUCUCCUGUGUAGUAAUCAAUAAUAGGUAUAAAUUGAGAUUCUGCGAGAAAAAGUGAGGGAAAGAAAAUGGGAACAUAAAAAUGGGAAUGUAAGAAACAAUAAAAUUUAUGUUGAAUAUCAA